CAGCGUCCGGCGUACAUUAGUUGCGCACGUUGUACCUCACGAGUAUUUGUUUUCUGGCUUUAUAGGCGGAUUUCUCAUGGCAAAUGGACAAGAUGUCAUAUUUUGUCGCGGAACGGGUCACAGUGAUGAUUCUGAUAUUUGGGAUGACACGGCAUUGAUUAAAGCUUAUGAUAAAGCGGUCGCUUCUUUCAAGAGCGCACUGAAAGGAGAGAACACUGUGACUCCAAAGAAGAAAGAUAACCAUGCAAAAAAGCGGAAAAACAACAAAAAGAGCAAAAGCAGAAAGAGAUGUAACGCAGAGCCCGACAAAGAGUGGGAAGUUGGGGACACCUGUUUUGCAUACUGGUCUGAGGAUGGCAACUUGUAUGCUGCUACGAUUUCCUCUGUAGACCAGGAGAAUGGCACCUGUGUUGUUAUUUAUACCGAGUAUGGUAAUGAGGAGGAACAGAAGAUCAGUGACCUUCUGAUAGAAGCUUCAGAUUUAGAUGACGACGCAUUAAAAUCAUCAGAUGCCAAAGACAUCGAGUCCUCAACUGAGGAGAGUGAAAGAUCAUUUACCCCACAACGGUCGGGUCAUCAGAAACACAAAUCUAAAGGAAAGUCUCCCAUGGGGCCUCAGUCUUGGCCUCCGGCUUUCCUUCCUGGUUUUCCUCCAGGCCCCCCACCAGGACCCCACCAUCACAAGGCGGAUGGUAGACGAUCAAAAAGUCCAGAUUCUUUCCAUCCUGGAUGGCCUCCCUUGUUUCCACCUGGUCUCCCAAUGAUCCCACCUCCACCACCUCCAAUGAGUUCAGACACCCUGGAGGAUGAUGAGGCUUUGGGCAGUAUGCUUAUUUCCUGGUACAUGAGUGGCUAUCACACAGGAUACUACUUGGGGUUGAAACAAGGCCGUAGAGAGGCUGCAGGAUCCAAGAAGUCCCAUCAUAAAUAAAGACUCUGGUUUGUUUUUCAGUUCCAUGUUAUCACAGACAAUUGUUAAAAUUAAAGAAAAGCUAUUUCCAGAUCAACAAAGCCACGUUUGUAUUGUUAGGUUGAUUAGUUAACCAUGUAAUCACUUCCAUUUGAAUGUCGAGUUUGCUGUUUUUGAUUUCUUAUUUUUGCACUCGCAGGGAACAUGAAGGUGUUGCACACUUGAUCCAGACAGCUUAUUUUUUUGUAUUCUUUGUAAAUAAAUGAAUUAAAGUCAA